AUGGGCCUCGACAUAUACUGGAUCGGACUCCUCGUCCUCGUCCCCGUCGUCGCCGUUGUCGCGGGCCACGAGACGAUCUUGUCCUCGCUGCGCGGAACAGCGGCGGCUCCCGAGAAGCGCGAGACGGACCCCCUCGGGGACGAGGCGAGGGAGUUCCGGCGGACCUUCCUGCGCGUCUACCUCCUUGUCAUCGGGUCUGAAUGGCUCCAGAACCCGUUCAUGUACUCCCUCUUCCGCACCGAGAAGACGCUCGACGAGGCCACGGUCGCGGCACUGUAUAGCAGCACCUACGUCGCGGCGGCCGUGUCGGCGCUUUUCACGGGCUAUCUGACUGAUCGCUUCGGGCGGCGGAGAGCGUGUCUCGUGUUCUGCGGCAUCCAUUCCCUGGCCGCCGUGUCCGUGUGCUUCGACCAGCUUCCUAUCUUGGUCCUGGGGAGAGUGUUAGGCGGGGUUGCUCUCACGCUGCUGUGGACGGCGUUUGAGAGCUGGCUUGUCGCUGAAUAUAACGAGCGCGGCUUUGCGCGCAGCUCGUUGUCGUUGAGCUCCUUGUUUGGAAGCAUGACUACGUCGAAGUGUAUAACGGCUAUUUUCGCGGGUGGUGAGUUGUUUGAUGCUUUGGACCUCUGCGCCGCAAUACUGAUGGUUCAAACUUGGAGCGAAAACUGGGGGGUCGGCUCAACUGUCGGUACACCCACGGACGGCGACGACAAGACCGUUGAAGCGCAAAUACAACUACCAUUGGCCCAAGCGGCGGGAUCGAUGUGGGAUUUACGAGUGUGGGCUAUGAGUUUCGUGACAUGCUGUUUUGAUGGUACUAUAUUCCUAUUUAUGUUUUUCUGGCCAGAGACGCUGCAAGACGCCCAUGACAGAGGCCAUCCAAUUGAGAAAGACGCUAUCCCACACGGUGUCAUUUUCGCCUCGUUCAUGGCCAUCAUGGUUCUGGGCGCGUUGUCUUACAAUCUAGCGGCUACGGACCAUAGCGGCGGCCACGAAGGGUCGAGAAGGUAUACCCUGACUCCAACACAGCUCCUCAUGGGGGCGUUGGUAAUCAGUGCCGUCUGCUUCAUGGCUGCAGCGUUCGUUCGAGAGGAAGUAGGACUGUUCACCUCCUUUUUGCUGUUGGAAGUCUGUAACGGUAUCUACGUGCCUAGCGUGGCGUAUCAUCGCGGCACAAUCGUCACGGACGAGGCGAGGGCCCGUGUGUACAGUCUCAUGAACAUUCCCUUAUUUGUGUUCGUUAUCAUUGCGCUUCAGACGACAAACGAUAAUGAUGAUAAUGGAGGGCGCUGGCAGCCCGUAUUUCUCAUCUCUGCGGUGCUACUACUUCUUGCAGCGGUAGUCACCUCGCUGUAUCUUGAUGUUAGAGAAAGAAGUCCAAAGGGAUUUGUGGAGAUACCUAGUCGGGACUCGGCAGGUGUUGAUCUCUUCUCUUCCGUGAACGCGGAAUUGGAUCCGGCUGUAAGCGAGGAUGUUGUCUAG